CGUGGUUUUAUGUGUAAACUUCAAUGGUGGAACUCGUGGGAAAGUUUUCAGUGAGGCACUGGUAGUUGGGGACUGGCAGCGAAAGCUCUUGCUAUAGUAAAUCUCCGGAUUUAGGUACAAUCAUUUGUUUUUCUAACUAAAGCCAACUGUAAGGAAAUGCCUGCUGCAUGUGAGCCUUUGUUAAAUGACAUUGAAGACAUUGUCUCAGCUGAAGAUCCAAAGCCUCAUGAUCGUCUGUCUGCAAGACACAACAUUGUGCCCCGAGCACGUAAGAGGAACAAGAACAAUGUUCAGGAGGACCAACCGCCUAGUGAUAGCACAAUACCAGGCACCCAGAAGAUCUGGAUUCGUACAUGGGGCUGCUCACAUAACAACUCUGAUGGAGAGUACAUGGCAGGUCAGCUUGCUGCGUAUGGCUACAGCAUAACAGAGAGCCCAGAACAGGCUGAUUUGUGGCUACUGAAUAGUUGUACCGUGAAGAGCCCGGCAGAAGACCACUUUAGGAACUCCAUCAAAAAAGCACAAGAAGACGACAAAAAAGUUGUUCUAGCCGGAUGUGUACCUCAGGCUCAGCCACGUCAAGAAUACAUGAAAGGCCUUAGCAUUAUAGGGGUGCAACAAAUAGAUCGGGUAGUUGAAGUUGUUGAAGAAACAAUCAAAGGUCACUCUGUGCGACUACUGGGUCAGAAAAAGGAUAAUGGAAAACGGUUGGGGGGAGCUCGAUUGAAUUUGCCAAAGAUUAGGAAGAACCCACUGAUAGAAAUCAUUUCCAUCAAUACAGGAUGUUUGAAUGCAUGUACCUAUUGCAAGACAAAGCACGCCAGAGGGGAGCUAGCAAGUUACUCUGUAGAGGAGUUGGUGGAUCGUGCUGUUCAGUCUUUCCAAGAGGGUGUAUGUGAGAUUUGGCUGACCAGCGAGGACACUGGGGCUUAUGGCAGAGACAUUGGCACAGAUCUUCCAACGCUCCUGUGGAAGUUUGUUGAGGUUAUCCCCGAGGGUGCUAUGCUGAGACUUGGCAUGACAAAUCCUCCUUAUAUUUUAGAGCACCUGGAGGAAAUGGCGAAGAUUCUAAACCAUCCACGUGUGUAUGCUUUCCUUCACAUCCCUGUGCAGUCUGCAUCAGACAGCGUGCUUAUGGACAUGAAGAGAGAAUACUGCAUAGCAGACUUCAAACGAGUGGUAGACUUUUUAAAAGAAAGAGUGCCCGGAAUUACAAUCGCCACGGACAUCAUCUGUGGCUUUCCUGGAGAGACCGAUGAAGAUUUUCAGGAGACGUUAAAACUAGUCGAGGAAUACAAAUUCCCAAGUCUGUUCAUUAAUCAGUUUUACCCGCGCCCUGGGACCCCAGCUGCUAAAAUGGUGCAAGUUCCUGCGCAUGUGAAAAAACAAAGAACAAAGGAACUAUCCCAUCUCUUUCAUUCGUACAGCCCGUAUGACCAUAAGACUGGAGAAAGACAGAAAGUGUUGGUGACAGAAGAAUCCUUUGAUUCUCAGUACUAUGUUGCACACAAUCGUUUCUAUGAACAGGUUCUUGUUCCCAAGGAACCCACCUUUAUGGGGAAAAUGGUUGAAGUGGAUAUUUUUGAAUCUGGAAAACAUUUUAUGAAGGGAAGACCAGUGUCAAAUUCUGAAAUCUACACACCGUCUAUCACCAAGCCUCUAGCAAAAGGAGAAGUUUCUGGUUUAUCUGAGGAGUUCAAGUCAUUGUUAAAAAAUGGUUCCAGCUCCAACAUCGAUCACAAGGCCUCACUGUUCUCCAAGGUGCAGAUGGCAGUGAGACCGGAAGGCGAAGGAUUAAAGUUUAUUUGCUUUGUAUGUGCUUUGCUAGCAGUUGUUGUUGCAUUUGUAGUGGCAAGAUUGUUUUAGGCCAUUGGCAAUAAAAUAUGAAAGAAAUAACAUUAUUUCUAUGUUUUGAGAGAAGUAACUAGGCUCUGACAGUUAAACUAUGGUGUUAUGUAUUUUAAUAUCAUAUUUUUAAAAUUUGAGAAACAUUUUUGCUUUUUGUUUUUAAUUUCCAUAAGAGCCUAGAAUUCCUAGAAAGUGUAUUUUUCUUUCCUUUUUUUUUUUGCAUGUAUGAGUAUCGUUUUGUUUUGUCAACUACGCAAUUAUAAAACUGAAGCAGUGAUACAUACUUGAACAUUUUACAAAAAACACUUUACAAAAUAAAAAUGUUACAUGCUGGCGUUUGUGUGUUUUCGUAUUGGACAACAAACCCAAGGUAUAAAAUUUGAAUUUCUUGAUGUGAAAAUAAUUUCACAUUGUAGCCAUUUUCUGUCUUGUAUGUCGUCUAUAUCCUAUCAAUAGCUUCAUUAAGAAUAAUUCAUAUUAAGAUCUCAUAAUGUUUAAGAUUUUAAUGCAAAUCUGAUUACACACAUGCAUCUAUAUUAAAUAUUCUUUUUUUUUAUGAAAUAAAGAGCUUAAAAAUAAAGCAAAAGUAAGCUGUGA